AUGAUGAAAGAAGAGAAAAAAUAUCAAUUGGAUACUAAUGAUAAAGAAAUUGUUGAGUUUUCAGGAAUCACUGAUUCAAGCCAAAUCUAUGAAGAGAGACGUUCAAAGGUUAACUUUGAAACAAAAAUUGUAAAGGAAUUGGAUGAAAUUCAAAAAGAGGAGAAAAGCGAAGAAAUUAAACUUGAUGAAAAAGCUCUAGAUGAAAUUGAAAAUAUUAUUGCAAAAGCAGAAAAAGGGCUCGAAAAAAGCUUAGAACAAAAAAAAGUCAACGAGCGAGGAGUUUAUAUCUCAGUUAUUGCUUCAACUAUUUUUGUAGUCAUGUGUAUGUUUGUUAACCGAGCUGAGAAAACAGCAGAUCUUACUGAGCUAAUAGAAAAUAUUUUAUUAAAAAAACCAUGGCAAGUUGGACCAGAUCUAUAUUUUAAGGACAUUGAGAAAAUUCAUGAUAUUGAUAAAUAUUUGAGGAUGGUAUUUUUGCCGGGGAUUUUGGGGGAUGGCUUUGUGGAAAAUUAUAAUUAUGCUGUGGGAAUCAGGCUUUCAAUAAAAUUGGCAAGGAUGGAAGAUAAUCCAUUCAGCGAGUAUGAAGAAGCGGUUUGGAAAGUAAGAUCGAAUCCUGAAAUGAGUCCAUCUCUUUCAAACUCAGAUGAAAUUACUCGUCCUCUUUUUGGGUUUACUUAUGAUCACGGAGGAGGAUUUAGGCAUUCGGGAGGGUAUGUUCUCUGUUUCUUCAAUGAUAACUUACAGGAGGCUCUUUUAAAAUGAAGGAAGUAUAGGGAUCUAAUGAUUUAUUACGAAUUUGAAAGCUUGGCGAUAGAAACAAUACUACACAAUUCAAAUAUGGCUGCUACUUUAUACUACUAUCAAACAAUAGUCCUUGAAAGCACUGGGAAAAUGAGUAAGAAAAUUGGAAAUUCUGGAAUUUUCCCUGAAACAUUUGAAACUUAUAGUUCUAUUGACACAAUUUUACUUACUUGUGGCUCAAUUUAUCUAAUAGGAUUUUUAAUACAAGUCUAUAAUAUCUUUCAAACUAUUAUCCAAACUUUCAAAACGCUAUGAGCAAAACUCAAAUUUGAAUUUGCAUGGCAUGAAUGGCUGGAGCUGAUAUCAAUAAUUUUUGUUUUGGCAUCAUUUGGACUAUUUGGGAGUGUAAUCUUAGGAAAUAUUGGAAAAUAUAAACUGCCAAUCACAGAGGAAAAAGAUUUCACUGGAUUAGCAGAUUACGCAGAAUCAUUUCGGAUAUUAGUGAGAUUAACAGCUCUAGCUGCUCUCAUGACUUCAUUUAAGAUAAUUGUUAUGCUGAAAAAUAAAUUUCCUUCAUUUGGAGUACUAUUUGAUACAAUUGCUCUUUCAAAAAUUUAUAUCAUCAACUUUACCUUAAUAAUAAUGUUUAUCUUUAUUUCUUUUACCCUAUUCGGGACUUUGGGGUUUGGGCUAACAUAUAGCAAAUAUUCGAAUUUUGGAGAAUCUUUGCUUUCUAUAACAAGGGUUGCUUAUGGAGAUUUUGACUUAAAGAAGUUGGAAAUUGCUAAUGUCACGCUAGCACAAAUUUUUCUUGUUGUUUUUGAUAUGUGGGUGUUUUUUAUUCUCAAGAGUACUCUAAUUGCCAUUGUUAUUGGCAGCUAUAUUGAAGUAAAAAAUCGUGAUGAACUGCUGCUUCAAGCGAAGGCUGAUAUGAUUAAAGAGAAAAGUAACAAUAUUUUUAGAGCUAUUAUAAACUUUAUAUUUUGCAGAGCAAAAACAACGUUAAAUGAAGAUGCAUUAGAAUAUCAACAACUAUCAGCACUUGAAACAAUGUCCCCUAGAAAGCAAAAUGAAAUUAAUGAAAGGCUUAGAAAGCUUGAAAUAUCCAUCCGGAAUCAGAAUCGUCUAACUUUAGAAGAUUAUUUAUAAAAAUUUUUUAAAUAUUAAUUUAACCAAAACUGUAAGUGCUUUAUAGCGCAUACCCUAUAAAAAUUUCUUUAUCGAACAAUAUUUAAUGGGACAGUUGAACGACUAAGGCAGAUUCUCUCAAAGGAACGAGCUGGAUCUUAUACCAGAAAGCGUUAAAAGAGUGUGAAAAAUAGUUGGCGAGCAAAAAUGCCGAUUUUUAAAAUGGCUUUAUUAUAAAAUUUAUUUUAAAUUUAAGAUGCCUUUUUAGACAAGAGAUGAAAAUAUAAAACAUUGUUAUGAGUCAUUGAGAACUUUAUAAUGAAUGGCCAGAGUUUAAUACAAACUUUUGAUUUAAUAGAGCAUUUGAUCGUAAUCAAAUUGGCAUUGUUUAUUUAAUAAUUUAUCCUUACGCAAAAGAGAAAUUCGAUUGAUAAGUUUUAAUUUUUAAAUUCAUUUAAAUUUGUUAAAGAACAUCAUAUAUUUAAAAAUCUAUUUUACUUUUGAAGCUAAUUCUUCAGAAAAGAGAAAAAAGGAAGUAAGAUAUUAAUCAAUCCCACUCUAAACGGAUAUCUUAAAUUUAAAAUUAAUUUAAUAAUAAAGCCAUUUUAAAAUUGGCGCGUCUGCUUGUAACUAUUGUCUCACUUGCCAACCAUUUUUUGGCAUGCCACUUCUUAAAACUUCCUGGUAUAAGAUCCAGCUUACCCCUUUGAGAAAGUCUGCCUUGUUCGCUCAACUGUCCUAACAUUUUUUCGAUAAAUAAAUUUUUAUAGGGUAUAGCAUUUCAAAGAAAAAAAUUAAUUGUAUUGAGUAAGUAUUUUCGAUGCAGUGAAAUAUAAUCUUGGACAGAUAUCUCAGCUUAUGAAGUUUGGUGGAGGGAUGAUUACUCGUGAACAAUUUUUACAGAAAAUCAAAGACUGCAUUAGAAAAAUACUAGCUCGCUCUUAGUUAGCCAACAAAACCAUUACUUUUUGAGGAAAUUAGUAGCCUUCAUUAGCAAUCAAAUUAUUUUUUUAAUAACUAUUUUGCUUAAAUUAUAUAUAUAAUUAAUAACUACUAUAAUAAUGAUACUUCCAUCUAAUUAUAUCUUGGCCUUUUUGGCGCCAGCCUAAUCUUAUUUCAGAGUCUGAGAUACAAAGCUGGCCUUCAGUAAGGCUGCAUGUCCCUAUAUAAAUUAUCAUAAACAUAAAUUUAUAAAUGAAAUAAGAUUUUCUCUUUCAAAUAUUUACAAAAUUUGGAUUUUCAAAAAAAAAAUCGAAAUUAUAGAUUAUUUUUUCAAUUUAAAAAAACUUCUCCAUUAGCAGUUAAAAAGCCUUUUCUCUCUAGCCAAGAGAGGGAAAGGAGUAAAGAAAAGAAAAAUAGCAGAAAUCUUAAGGAAGCAAAGAGGAAAUGAUGUUGAUUAUAAUUUUACAGUUCUUGCAGAUUUACUCAUUUUUAUUAUUUUUUGAUCCUUAUUCAUUACUCUUGUAGUAACCAGACUUGAAAUUUCUUAUGUUUAUACUAUUUCUACUCAAACAAAAGACUCAAUAAUUGUUCCAAAAUUCUAUAGCAAUUGGCACAAUAUAACUUUCCAAGAAAUCACCACAAGUAAAGAUGCGUACAGCUUUAUGAACGAAAUUUUCAAAAACUAUAUGCAAAAGGUAACUGUUAAUACCCAAAAUAAUUGAAUAAGCCAAAUUAAAGCAAGAAUUACAUUUACAAGAUAUCGGAUGAGCAAAAAUAAAAGCUCAUUUUCUAAUGAAGUCAUUCAAUAUGUUAUUCCAGAUACAGAAACCCAAAAUACAACUGAUUUCCAUGGAGUAGCAACUUUUAAGAAAUAUAUUUAUAGCCCAUCAGGAUCAUUGAAAACUUACAAGAGUAAAGGAGGAUAUGUAAUAGAGCUAAAUAACAAACAAAACAUAUCCGAUAUAAUCCAGCAAAUUGAGCUUGAUGAUAUUUUCAGUCGCAAUCUUAAAGAUUUUUAUAUAGAAUGAGUCCUUUACAAUCCCAAUGUAAAUAUGUUUUCUUACAGUGUCAUACAUUUCAACAAGCUCGUUUCAGGCAAUAUUGACCCUUCAAUUUAUUCUGGAGUUAUAGAUCUUGAUAUAUAUAGUUCAGGCUCUCCAAUGAUUGUUAUAAGUAUCUUGUUCUUUAUGUUCACUAUUUUAUAUUUAAUCAAAUUUUGCUAUUCAUGAUAUUUGGUUUGGAAAAAAGUCUAUAAACAAAGGAAGGAGAAAACCCUUAUUUGAAAAAUUGCAAGACAUGUAAUUGAUAAAAUUGAAGAGAAUGAGAUCAGCGCAAGAGAUCAUUGCUUUAGAUUUACUAAAAAAGCCUUAACCUGAUACUGCUACACCAUAAUAGAUCUAUUAUAUUCAGCAUGAUUAUUAAUUAAAGGGGACAUUUUUCAAUUGUUCAGCAUCGUUUCAACAAUCAUGUCGCUAAUGAUGAUUUAUUAUGAAAUAAUGCUUGUUCAGAGUAAUUUUUAUCAAAACUUUAAAUUAGAUUCUCCUUUUGUGGCUUGAAAGAACUGCAUAGGUGAAUUUUCGGAAAUAAAUGAUCUUUUGUAUAUAUCCGGGACAUUAGCUAUGUUUACGUGCCUAAUUUUAUUUUUGAGACUUAUUCAAUAUUUUGAAUUCAGUGACUAUUUAUCAAAUCUUACAGAUGUUAUUAAAUCUGCAUCAUUUGACUUACUCCCUUCCGUGAGCGAACAAAACCAUUAGAAAAUCCUAUUUUUUCCCAAAACCCACCCUCCCGAGCGAACAAAAAUUUUGAUAUAUAAAUGAUAAAUAAUUAGCAUAAUAAAAUUUCUAGUUAAUUUUAAAGCAGCUUGCAUUUUAAAACAUAAUUUUACAAAUUAAAUUAAUAUUUGCUUUCCAAUUUUUACGAAUUGAGAUUUUCGUUAAUUUUCGAAAAAAAAAACCUUUUUACUAUACAAUUUUUUAUUCGCUCAUGGAAGGGGGAGUUAGCAUUCUUUACAAUUGUUUUUAUUAUUAUUUUAGCUGCCUAUGCAAUUUCUAAUUAUCUAGUUUUAGGACAUCAUGAUAUAAGUUUCAAAUUCAUGGAAAGCUCUUUCUUGUCAACUUAUUCAAUGCUAUUGUGCUAUUAUGACAUCGGCUCAAUUUUGCAAGCCGAUAAUUUGUUAGGGGCAAUACUUUUUAUAAGCUACAUGGUGAUCUUCAAUUUUAUGAUGCUGAACUUAUUUAUAGCUAUCAUUUUUGCUCAUUACACAGCACUUAAAUCAACCCGUCCUAAGAAAAGACUUGGAUUUUUUGAAAAAUUUUGAAAAGUCAUUAAAUAUAAAUUUCAAAACAGAAAAUUAAUUAUCGACCCAAAUAAAAUCAAAAAAAUCGAAGACAUCGCUGAUGAAAAUUUGUUUGUAAAUUAUAGCCCAACAGUCCUUGAAGAUGCAUUCAUAAUUGAUGAUAAAGCCCAUAUAAAUUCCUCCUCAAAUAAAUGGCUCAAGUCUUUAGAAGAUGGAGUUUCCGACCAUUCAGGGAAUGAAAUAACUUUUGCUAAAUUAAAGGCAGAUUUUAGUAAAUAUUGUGGCAUGAUAAACACUGAUUUAAUUCAGCCAAUUCAAUUAAAUGAAAUUUGCUUUAUGAAUCCAGAAAUAUGAAAAGACGAGAAUGUUGAGCAAAAAAUAAAGAUUUGAAAAACAUUAACAAAUUUAUAUGCACAAGAGUAUAGGCUGGAAAUAGAAAAAUCUGUAAGUGAAGGAAAAGACAUAAAAGAGCAUGGAUUAUCUCCUUUGCAGAAGCAGCUAUGGGAAGCUACGCCUAUGAACGAAAAACUUGAAAUGUGGAGUGGAAAAUUGCAUUUUUCUGAGGAAGAAAGAAUCAAAAUAUGAAACUCAACCAACUAUAGCAAAGAGUUUAUGGAAAAAGAUGCAAAUAUAGAAGAGCAGAAGAAUUAUUGACUUUCAUUGACUAUUGCGCAAAAAAAUGAUUUGGUUUCGAAAAUUUUAGGCCCUUUUAAAGGAAUCAAGAAAAAAAUGAAAAUCGAGGAAUCUUUCCUUGAUUUUUAUAUCAAAAAUGAAGCACUGUUUACUAAUGAUACCAAGAUGCUCUUAUGAGCCAGCUUAUAUGAACAUGAAAUUAGUAAAUUCUUGCUUUUUAUGAAUCAAAAUGAUAAAGUUGAGGCCGAAAUUAUUGCUUAUAUGAUUAUGGAUGACAAAAAACACAACCUAUUUGCUAUGGAUCAUGCUGAUCUUAACAUGGAAGCAAUUUUAGAUGCCAAAAUAUUUGAUAAAUAUACAGAAAUGGCUACUUUUCAAGCAGAAAAUGAUGGUAAAAUAUCAUGUGAAGAGAGAAUCUUUGAAACAAACAAUGAGCACCGAAAUUUGAUAAAUUAUAAGCACAACCUUCAAGAGGAACAAAAAACAUUCAUUAAAAAGAAUAAGAAGCUACAAAAGCGAGUUAAAGAACUUAGGUCCAAACUUGAAAAUAGAUAG